UUUAAGUAAAAUUGUUAAGAGAUGGCAGAGAAAAGAAAAUCGUUAAGCAGAGAAGAACAAUUUGCGAUGAAGCUUCGCGAAGAGGAUGAAUUAGUACGACUGAAACGUCAGUUAAGGAUUAUGGCGCACGAUAGAGCAGCGAUGGAAGCGUCCAGUAACCAAACUACCCAACAAAAGAAGAUGUUAAAUUUAUACCGAAAGGAGGCGAACGAUCUGCAAAAUGAGCUGAAAACCAUUGAGAAUAAGAGGAGCGAUGAUGAAGUUAAUAUUAAGAAAAUUCAACACCUUUUGAAGGAACAUCUUGUGCUUGAUGAGAGCAUCAAGGAAAUCAAGCAACAUUUACGAGAAUUUGACGCACAAGUAGAUACGGUGCAAAAGAAAAUAAAUAUUCUAAGCAAAAAUGCUCCAUCGGAUUCGACAAUUCUGGACUUGAAAAGCAGCAAAGUUGAAUCAGUGAAGAGACUGGAAAACCGUUUGAAUUUGACAGUUACGCAAUUCUGCAGCAUCCUGGCCGAUAACAAAGCACGCCGCAUACAAAUGGCUUCAUUGUUGCGUCAAAGGCAAAGCUUCAAUGAAACUUGGGAGAAAUUGGUGAACGAUCUUCACCUCGGCAAGAAGUUCAUGUUGGAUGUGAUCGAGCAGACGACUCUCGCUUUCGAUCAGCGCGAAGAGCUGAUGGAAAAGUUGCGAGUUUUGAAAUACAAAGCUCAGAAUAAGGUCUCAUCGCACGUAGAGGAAAUGACUCAAUUGAAAAGGCAGUUGGAUCAUCAAACGAAUCUGGGGGAAUUUUUGGAUUCGAAGAGCAGAAAACGAAUAAUGGUUGAUUUGGUUCGUAAAGAGAAGGAGCAGAAAGAGCAGAGCAAAAUCAUGCUUGAACAAGAGUUGGUGCAUUAUGCAGAUACAUUUAAGAAAAUCAAAGAAUUCACAGGUGAAGAAGAUAUUGAUAAAAUCAAGAGUCAAUUUCUGAAGAGCGAAGAAGAAAACUACGCUCUUUUCAAUUACGCUAACGCUUUGAACACUGAAUUGGAAUCAAUCUCUAGCAACAUUGCUGAUUAUCAAUCUACAAUUGAUGAACAAAGAAAUAUUAGCGAGUCUAGGAAGCAUCAAGAAAAGCAUAAUUUUGACGCUCUCAAAGAAGAGUUACUUCAUCAGCAAUCUAUGGUUUCAAAAGCAGAUUUGUCGUUAAAUACAAAGAAGAUUGAAUUGAAGCGAAUUAUUGAUGGCAUCGAGCAUAUUUUUAAAUUAAUCAGUAAGGAAAAUGCAGCGCCUCUAUUGGAACUUUUAGAACUUCAAGUAAUCUUAGAUACAAACGAUUUUAUAUUUGAUGGAGUCGAAUCGGAAGAAGAGGAUGUACUGUACAUCGAUGAUGAGCCGAACGAGAAAGUGACCAUGAUAAUACUGAAUUCAGUAUUACUAAGUCUGAGCCUGAUCCAAUUGAAGUGA